AUGGAGACUAACGAGUUCGUGCUCAUGCUGGCCUCCCCUCGAACCUCCCUCCACCUUACUCAACCACUCCACAACCCCUCCCUGUUCUCGCACAUCUCAAACGCGCAAGCGGCAGGUGCUGCUGGACCUAGCCAAGUGUCACAAGGAGACCAACGAAGGCGCAAGGAGCAGAUGCUGCUGGACCUCGCCAAGUGCCAGAUGGAGACCAGCGAGUUCGAUGCUGCGUUCCAAUCAACCUCUCUCAACCUCCCUCAACCUCUCUCCUUACCACGUGCCAUACUCCUUGUUCCCCCCCUAUCAGAGGCGCAAGGGGCAGAUGCUACUAGACCUAGCCAAGUGCCAAAUGGAGACCAACGAUCCGUCCCUUCCUCUCGAUCUUCAGACAUAAUUCUGAGGGAGCAGCAGUCUGGUGCUAGGGGAAUAGUACUCGCUGUGUCUUACAACCUCUGGGCCUCGCUGUGUUACGGGAAUAUGGAUGCUAUGCUGGGAUGGGACCGGAGGCCCUGGUCUGUGUGGUGUGGUGAACCUAGAGUACUCCCACUGGCUCUCUGCCGCCAGAAGGACCUCCUGCAGCUGCCCUCCACCUCGCAUACCCACCACGGCUUCAAUUCAGACAUGGAUGGAAUGGAUGAUGGGGAGAGGGACAAUCAUGGGCGGAUGGAUGGAGCGACGGAUGGGGGCAUGCAUGGGGAUAUGGAUGUGGAUAUGGAUCUUGACCCGCUCAUCUGCCCCCUCAUCCUCCCACCUCCUCCCUCCCCCUCCACCCCAUUCCGCCUGCCUCCUCUCUCCCGUCGCUCCCUCGAGCUAUCCCGGGAAGCGGCUUCUUUCCUCCUGCGCACACUGCAAGCCGACCCCCUCUGCAUCCCGGCCUUAGUGCCACUAGUGCAGGUGAGCUUCUUCCUACCUCCCCCGCCACCCCAUUCCGCCUGCCUCCUCUCUCUCGCCGCUCCCUUGCUCUCUCGCAAGGUAGCAUCCUUCCUCCUGCACACACUGCAAGCCGACCCCCUCUGCAUCCCAGCCUUAGUGCCUCUAGUGCAGGUAAGCUCCUCCUAUGUCCCAUUCUCCCCACCUACCCUACCACGCCGCACUCCGCCUCCCUCAAGCUCUCGGAGGACGUGUUUUGAGUCGAGUCUCCGGGGAAGCAGCAUCCGCACACUGCAAGCCGAUCCCCUUUGCAUCCCAUCCCUCGUGCCUCUAGUUCAGGUAAGCUUCUCCCUGAACCCCAUCCCUCUCCUCCUCCACCCCACCCCAUUCCGCCUGCCUCCUCUCUCCCGUUGCUCCCUCGAGCUCUUCCAAGAGUCUGCCUCCUUCCUCCUGCACACACUGCAAGCCGAUCCCCUCUGCAUCCCGGCUCUAGUGCCCCUCGUUCACCUGCAUGCCUCUAGAGCAGAUAUGCCCCAACUGUACCCCAUUUCCUGCCUUGCACUUAUCCCUUCUUCUCCGUUUUUCCUUCCAACCCAUUUCCUGCCUUGCAGAUUCAUUCUCGUGGCCCAGGGCCCCAGAGGAGUGGGAGUGGCCCUUGACAUUCUUCACCGCUCGUGCCUGCCUGCCCUGUCACUGAUAUCUCACUGUCUCUCGCCCCACUCCCUUGCUGCUGAUUCUCGUAUCCGCGUGCUGUCUCUGGGUCUACAAGGCACAUGUGGCCCGUCUCUCCGCAUGGCCAUUCUAGCACUGCAUCUGAACGCGCUUGCUACCACCAGAGAGUCCCUGCCUGCUUGCCUGGCACGUGCGGCCGUCUCUCUCCUCAUGGCCAUUCUAGCACUGCAUGUGGACGCGCUUGCUGCCAGCAGCAGCACCAGAGUCCUUGAUCUCGCCUGCCUGAUGGGGCUCACGCUGGCAGUGCAUCUGGACGCCCUCGGUGCCACCACCAGCAGUGCACUGUCUGCUUGGUGGGGACUGGCUGCUUGGUGGGGACUGGCAGGGAUCAUAAAGGCUGUGUGGCUCUCAGCCUUUGCUGGUGCGGCUGGGAGAGGGGCAGCAGUAGUGGCAGCUGUAGUAGGGGAGAGAGAUGGGGGAAGGAGAGGGGAAGGUGCAGCGAGAAAAGAAGCAGCAGCGAAGGAAGCGAGGGCCAGGAAAGUGGUGCUGCAGGUGUGGUGGGAGAGGAGGGAGUGGUGGAAAGCGGUGCAGUUCGGCAUCGGGCAUGUGAAGAGGCAGUUGAGGCUCAUUGAUCGGCUGCAAGGUGGGUGA